AAAAUCUUCCCAAAAAAAGAUGUGAUAUGAUGUUACAAGACUCACUGCAUUCCCAUCUCUCAAACUAGAAAGAAGAACUUCACCACAGAGAUUAGACAGAAACAUUAAAACGUUUUGACAACGUGGUUAACCGUAUUACUCGUACGUAUGUGGAAGAGCACUCCGGUUAUCCUACGUUAAUCGAAGCACUCUGGUCUUGUAUUUUACGUUGCUAACUAAGUGUUAAACCCUGAAACUACUUAGUUUACCGUACAAUAAAUUCCACUAUCCUACACGAAACUACGCAGUGGUUUCCAUGCAAGGCUAAAUUGUUCUCUUGCACCAUCAUAAGUGAAAAUUUUUCAUACUUGUUACCAACUUGAUUAAUCAUUUAUAUAUCAAAGGCAAGUUAUGUUACUCCUCUGUGUUGUAGUUCCGUGCCUGCACUAUAACGUAACUCUGUCUCAAUAGCCAUGCUUUAAGACUCAGUUAUCAGGGGAUUUGAAAACAUGGGUUUGAAGUAUUUGGUGGUUGUGAUUUUUCUGUGUGGUUGCUUUGGAUCUUUGGCUGUUACAACUUCUGACGAUGGGUUAAUGAGGGUUGGUCUAAAAAGGAAGAGUUUAGACGUUAACAGUCUUAAUUCUGCAAGGAUCAAGGGGGUUGUUCAUCAUUUGAAAACAGAUGCAGUGUAUCUGAAGAACUAUCUUGAUGCACAAUAUUUUGGGGAAAUUGGUAUUGGGUCACCUCCACAAAGCUUCAAAGUUGUGUUUGACACUGGAAGCUCCAAUCUUUGGGUCCCCUCUUCCAAAUGCGUCUUGUCUAUUGCUUGCUAUUUUCAUUCCAAGUACAGGUCCAAGCUAUCUAACACCUAUACGAAAAUAGGAACACCUUGCAAGAUCCCUUAUGGCCGUGGACACAUUCCUGGCUUCUUCAGCCAAGAUUAUUUAAGAGUUGGUGAUAUAAUCGUCAAAGAUCAAAAAUUUGCUGAGAUUACAAAGGAAGGACCCUUGGCCUUUUUAGCACUGCAUUUUGAUGGGAUACUUGGACUUGGAUUCCAGGAUAAGUCAGUGGGACAAGUCACACCAGUGUGGUACAAUAUGAUAGAACAAGGGCACGUGAGUCAAAAAGUUUUCUCUCUUUGGCUAAACCCAGACCCAAUGGCAAAGAUAGGGGGUGAGAUUGUUUUUGGUGGCAUUGACUGGAGGCACUUUAGGGGUGAACACACUUAUGUUCCACUUUCUCAAAAGGGUUAUUGGCAGAUUGAGGUGGGAGAUAUUCUGCUUUCAAACAAUUCAACAGGGUUAUGUGAGGGUGGUUGUGCUGCUAUUGUUGACUCGGGGACAUCUUUGAUUGCUGGACCAACAAGAAUUGUGACUCAAAUUAACCAUGCCAUUGGAGCAGAAGGAUAUGUGAGUUUUGAAUGUAAAAACAUCAUCCAUAAUUAUGGCGAUUCAAUAUGGGAAUAUUUAAUUUCCGGGUUAAGACCAGAAAUUGUAUGCGUUGACAUUGGACUUUGCUCACGUAAUCACUCAUACGUAGUGAAUGAUGUUAUCGAAACAGUGGGUCAUAAUGAAAGUUGGGGUGAGUCACGAACCAGGGAGAGCCCCUUGUGUACUUUUUGUGACAUGAUUGUCUUUUGGGUUCAAGUUCAGCUUAAGCAAAGGAAUACAAAGGAAAAAAUAUUGAAAUAUGUGGAUGAGCUGUGUGAGAAGCUUCCCAAUCCCGUGGGACAAACAUUUAUAAACUGUAAUAAUAUUGCAUCCAUGCCACAAAUUACAUUCACGAUUGGGAACAAAUCAUUUCCUCUUUCUCCAGAACAGUAUAUCCUAAGAAUUGAAGAAGGUUGCUCUACUGUCUGUUAUGGCGGUUUUGUUAGUCUUGAUGUGCCACCUCCGCAGGGUCCCCUCUGGGUUCUUGGAGAUCUUUUCUUGGGGGCAUAUCACACAGUGUUUGAUUAUGGCAAUCUUCGUAUAGGAUUUGCUGAAGCUGCGUAGCCAUAGUUUGGUGUGACAUUAUUAGGCCAAAUUGUUUGUAGGAGAAUAAAUAAACAAAUAUUUACAUGAUUUGCAUCAACUAAAUAUCGCAGCCUUUGUAAAUGGUGAUUGGUAAUUUGAUAUAUUUCACGAAUAAGAUAACAAUAUCAUUUUC